AUGCCCCACCAGUUCUUUGGGGGCAAGAACAAGACGCCAGCCCCUUCCUCCUUGCCAUCGAGACACAAGUACAAGGGCUUGAGUGAAUCAUCCUUUAACUUAAUAUCUGAGAAAUGUGACAUCUUAUCGAUUCUUUGUGACCAUCCAGAAAAUAGGAUUUACCAGAGGAAAAUUCAGGAACUCAGCAAAAGAUUUUCUGCUCUACGAAAAACAAAAGGGGAUGGGAAUUGCUUUUACCGAGCCUUGGGUUAUUCCUACUUAGAAUCACUUAUUGGAAACAGCAGAGAAAUUCUCAGGUUUAAAGAACGUGUGCUACAGACACCAAAAGACCUUUUAGCUGCUGGCUUUGAAGAACACAAAUUCAGAAACUUCUUUAAUGCUUUUUACAGCUUGGUCGAAAUGGUGGAGAAAGAUGGCUCUGUUUCCAACUUACUGAAGGUUUUCAAUGACCAGAGUUUUUCAGAUCGAAUCGUCCAGUUCCUUAGGCUUCUCACCUCUGCCUUCAUCAAGAACCGGGCAGAUUUCUUCAGGCAUUUCAUUGAUGAGGAGAUGGACGUCAAAGACUUCUGUGCCCAGGAAGUGGAACCCAUGGCCACAGAGUGUGACCAUGUUCAGAUCACCGCUCUGUCUCAGGCACUGAACAUCCCUCUCCAAGUUGAGUAUGUGGACGAAAUGGACACCGCGCUGAACCACCAUGUAUUUUCCGAGGCUGCCUGCCCUUCAGUUUAUCUACUUUAUAAAACAUCACACUACAACAUACUUUAUGCAGCUGAUAAAGUGGGUUAA